ACUUUUUCUUAACAUAAACCAAAUAGCAAGUAUAUUAUAUUGGAAGUUCAAAUCUCCCAAUUAAUUAUGGCAUUCAAAGUUGUAUUGGUUUUAUUCCUCACAAUGCUUUUGUUUACACAGAAUAAUGCGACAGACUUUGAGCAAUGUUAUAAGCUCUGUAUUAUGUCUUGCCCAGGAAACAUCCCUUUCGGAUGCGCUGCGGCGUGCAAUCUCUCAUGCAUUCUGCAAGAUAAUCCUGUUACAAUCGAAAAACGCGUUUGUAGCGUUGGAUGUUCUCUUGGUCAUUGUAACAAAUUUCUCAUCAACAAAUCUGAUAAAAGCAAGUUUGAAAGUUGCAUGAAAAGUUGCGGUGAGAAUUAUUGCAUUGGUGGCAAUAAUACUUUAAAGAAAGCUUAAACGAAGAAGCAUUUAAGAAUUAAGUAAAUUAAAAUUAUAACCACAAAAGUAUGUCUCUAUGACACUAAAUAAUUAAUUUGUGGUUGUACUUUUGUAAAUUAUGUAAUUGUUCUGUAUUGAAUAAAACUCUCUAGUACUUUAAUAUUCAUA